GAAGAAAUAUUAGACAUUAUUUCACUUCAUCAUAAUUAUUUCGUGAAUAAUGGUGACACACAUACAUUGGAAUGCCGAAUAUCUUCAAACGAUUCCGGGAGGAAAAUAUAUUUCAGUAAAUUCCGAGACAGCAAAGAGUUUGAAGAAUCUGCAAAACGCAGAGGAUCGUAUAUAUCUUAUAAUCAUUCCUGGACUGAAACGGGUGGCUUUUGGUGUAAACCUGAACGAAGUAUGCUUUCGGGUGUACUUUCGCACUCGAUGAGAAAAUAUCCUCAAUUUCUUCCAACUUCGUUUACGAUAACAAAGAGCAUCAAUGAUAAAACAGAAAUAAAAAUGAAUUCAAGCAUACGUUCUAGAAAUUGGAGAAAGAACGAAAAGGAGUUUUCUGGAUAUUUGAAUAGAUUUUUUGGUAGAGAUAAGGCCGAUUUGUAUUUAAAAUUCAAUUCCUUGCAAAUUGGAGACGGAGGAAUUUAUAGUCUGGAUAAUUACUAUUUUGAAAAUCCGGGAAUUACAAGACUAAUAGUUCGAGUUUGUAAAGAUGGAAUUUAUGGUCCUCUUUGUGAACACCAAUGUCCCAAUUGUCUAAAUGGAGGAGUAUGUCACGAUUUGACUGGCGACUGCAUCUGUCCACCAGGAUUCAAUGGAACUCUUUGUGAAAAUGCCUGUGAGCCUGGAUUCUUCGGAAAAGAUUGUAGCCAACAAUGCUUUAAUGAUCAGAACGAGGAAACUAACUGUGCAGAAAUCCUCUUCUGCUUACCAGAUCCAUAUGGAUGUUCUUGCAUCAGCGGUUUCACUUCUGUCUUUUGCAAUGAAUCGUGUGCUACGGGAUUCUAUGGUGCAGGAUGUACUCAGAAAUGUUCUCAUUGCAAAAAUUCAAACGAAUGCGAAGCGAAAACCGGCAAGUGUCCAGACGGGUGUGAAGAAGGAUGGCAUGGAACUCCAUGUGUGUUAAGUUAUCCUGUAUUCAAAAGUAAUCCAACUGUAAAAGCAGUAACAUCAAAUAGCAUUGAAUUGACGUUUCAGGAAUGGGAACAAGAUAAAGAUAAAGGAACAGGAACUCCGAAUUAUUAUACAGUUCAAUACAAAAAAAAUGGUUUGGAGAAUUCUGGGUGGGAGGACAGCGAAGAAAUAAAGGCAAACAGUAGUUCUAAUAACAGUUAUAUCGUAAGUUUGACAAAUCUUCAGUCCGAUAAAACUUAUAUCAUAAGAAUUAUCAUUAAAGACAUAAGUGGACACGCGCAAAUGAACGAUGCACCUAUUUUGAGAGCAUCAACACUCUGUGGAAUUCCGGAAGAACCACCAAAACACAUUUCGAUAAAUACGACAUCCUCGACAAAAAUCGUCGUGAAUUGGAAACUUCCUUUAGAAGAAACUUGGAACUGUAGAAAUAUUUAUGUUAAUAUAUUUUAUAAUUCUUCCAAUGGAAAAAGUUUCCGCCAGAAUAAGACAGAUAACAGUUUUAUUAUAACAACUGAACCAUUUACAGAAUGGAAUAUUUCAUUAAGACUUGGCAACGAAGAAUUUUUUAGUGAAUGGUCAUCGUUGAUUAACGUUAUCUCUGCUCAAGACGCUCCUUCGAGUGUGCAAAAUUUAAAUGCACGCAAUGUUACCGAUAGUCGGGUUUAUCUCACCUGGGACAAGCCUAACAAAGAAAACGGAAUCAUCGUCAAAUACAUCGUUCGUUAUCGACAAGAAAAAUGGCUUCAUUCUUGCACAUCAGUUAAUAAUUCUGCUUUAACGAAAGAUGUUGACGCAAACGAAACUUCAAUUGUCAUUGAUACUUAUCCAAAUUCUAAAUACACGAUUAGUGUUUCUGCAUUAACAGUAAAAGAAGGGGAAGAAGUUUCUGUAAAUGUUAUGACCAAAGAAAGUGUUCCCGGUGGACCUCCUCAGAACCUAAGACACUUCAAUAUUGAAAAGAAUCUCGUGGGAAUAGAAUGGGAACCGCCUGUGUGUUCUCUCUCUUAUGGAAAAAUAAUAGAGUAUCAAUACGUUUUGGAUUCAAAGGAUCCUUGGGAAAAAAGGAAGAGAAGUGGAAAAACAACACAGAUUUACGAUUAUGUUGAUGAUCUUGUUCCUUUCACUGUUUAUACGGCACGAGUUUAUGCUGGAACGAAAAUCGGAUUUAGCAGUUCCUCUGCUGAAAUUGAUUUUACAACAAAAAGUGACAAACCAUCGGCUCCUACAAAUCUGACGAUUUUUCUCAGCACGGAAAGCAUUUUAUCAAUGUCUUGGAUUCCUCCUUAUCCUCCAAAUGGAGUACUUCAGAAAUAUGUUAUAGAGUACUGCUCACUUGAAAGUUCUUAUUGUCGGAAAACACAAAAAGUAGUUAAUACUAAUGAAGUUAAGUGCUUAGACGAUAUCAGAAAAAGUCGACAUUGCUACACUUUAACUGAUCUAAAAGGAAAUCAAAAAUAUAAAAUUGAGAUCACAGCAUAUAACGAACACAUUUAUGGCGGAAGUGAAACAGUCACUACAAGUGGUGAAACAAAAGAAUAUGUACCAGAUCCACCUAAAGAGACAGAAAUAGCUAAUAUUACGGAACAUUCGGUGGAUAUUAUCUGGUCUUUACCCGUAAGAUCAAAUGGACAAUUGACUGGAUACAGGAUAAACAUCACUGUAGCAGAGUCCUUCAAUAAUAGUAUUAUAGGAAGCACACAAGAGAAGUUAACAAAUCCUAACACUAGAAGCUGUACAUUUAUUAAUUUGCACCCAGCUACUAAGUAUAAUGGUACCAUAGAAGCUAGUACCAAAAUUGGUUACGGGAAACCUCUUUAUUUUCAGUUUACAACAAAAGUUUCUGUACCAGUUAUUGAUGUCGAACCUACAGUUAGUAAUGUUACAGAUACGACAGUAGUUAUUUUAAUAAAACCAAUUCAUUUUAUUGGAGGGCCUGUUACUGCAUAUUUCGUGAUGGUGGAAAAACAGAAUAGAAGAAAAAAGAGAGUUGUAGAAGAGAAAAAAUUGCUUAGUUAUAACGAAUCCAGAGAAGAUUAUGUCGCUGCCAAAUUUUAUCCCAAUGAGAUAUCUUCUACUGGAAUAGACUUUACUGUAGGAGAUGGAAAACAUUAUAACGGUUAUUACAACGCUCCUCUUACUACCGGAGAAGAAUAUAAAAUUGGAUUAGCUGUACUAAGUGAAUUCAACGGGGAAGAACGCUUAGGAUAUAAAUACUUAACAGAAGCAGUUACAGUUAAGAAUUCAGAUCAUUUUACUGUGGACAAGUCCAAUAUUCCUGGUAUAAUAAUUGGAGUUUUAGUGUGCCUUACCGUUAUAAUUGUAAUCAUUAUAUUUAUAAGAUUCAGAUAUCCAAAAUUAUUAAAAUACGCAUCAACGAUGAAAGAUUUAGAUGCCAGAAAUUCGAAAAAAGAACGGCAAUCUAUAACCUUAACAAUGGAUUUAGAAGAGUGUGCAGAAUUAGAACCAAUAUCCGAAAUUCAAAGUAAAAAAGUUCCCGUAUCUGAAUUAGAAACUUUUGUUCAGACAGCGUUACGAAAUGGAACAUUAAGGAAACAAUUUACGUCCGUAGAAAAAGGACAAAAUAAAUCGUGGGAAACAGCAAAAAUUCCCGAAAAUAAACUGAAGAACCGUUAUGGAAAUCUUUUGUCCUAUGAUUCCACGCGGGUUGUUUUAGAGAAGUUACCAGACGACCCGUAUUCCGAUUAUAUCAAUGCAAAUUAUAUAGAUGGCUAUAAAUCUCCCAAAAGAUACAUCGCUACUCAAGGUCCCAAACCUUUAACUGUUAACGACUUUUGGAGAAUGAUUUGGCAGGAAAAAGUCUGCAAAAUAAUCAUAUCAACGAAUUUAGUAGAAAACGGAAAGACAAAGUGUGAAAAAUAUUGGGCGGAUUCGAGAGGGACAUUUGGUUCCGUAACUGUGACAUUAUUGAAUUCCGAGAUAUUUGCUGAUUAUGUUAUUCGAACAUUCCACGUUAGCAAGGAAAACGAAGUUCGAGAAAUUAAGCAAUUUCACUUUACUACGUGGCCAGAUCACGGUGUUCCAAUGUAUGCAAUAGCAGUUAGUAAUUUUAUAUUAAAAACGAGAACUUAUAAGCCCAAAGACAAAAGUCCAAUUGUGUUUCAUUGUAGUGCCGGAAUUGGACGAACAGGAACGUUAAUUUUAAUAGAUAGCAUGUUGGAUAUGGCAGCGGCCGAAAAUCACGUAGAUCUGCUUUCACAAUUGCAUAUAAUGAGACAACAGAGAAUUAAUAUGGUGGAAACGAUGGAUCAAUAUUACCUGGCGUGUCAGUGUUUAAUCGAAGCGUUAUGUACAGAAAAAACGUCAAUUACUUGUUCAGAGUUUAUUCCCACUCUUAAUCGUUUAAAAACAGUCGAUCCCAAAACUGGUCUUACUCAAUUUCACGUACAAUUUGAGAAACUGUCAAAAAUAUGUCCAUUAUUGAAAACAACUGAUUGUCGAAGUGCAUUAGAUCCAACUAAUCAAGGAAAAAAUAGAAGUGAUAAGAUUAUUCCACCUGAUCGUUCCCGUCCAAUCUUAAAAGUUACUAAUGGAAAUCCGGAAUCUUCAUAUAUUAACGCUGUCUAUGUUAAUGGAUAUAAACAAAAAGAUGCAUUUCUAGUCACGCAAAUUCCAUUGCCAGAAACCGUGUCAGAUUUCUGGAGGAUGGCUUUUUCUUCUAAAACUUCUACUAUUGUACUUCUAAACGAAUUAGAUCCAAUUGACGAGUUUACUUUACAGACCUGCAUGCAAUAUUGGCCAGAAAAUACAGAAACUUAUGAAGACGUUGAAGUUAAAAAAGUCUCCGAAGAAAAACAUGGCGAUAUUAUAGUCAGAACCUUUGAAUUAAGAAAUAUUUCUAAUCAGGAAGAGACAGUUACAAAAGUCAUGAAGCAAUUUCAUUUGACUGGAUGGUCGUCGAGUAGCACAUUGCCCACGUCAUCCGAUAUAUUAUUGUGCUUAAUCGAAAAAGUAGAAAGAUGGCAACAAAAUUCUGCAACCACCACCGUCAUUGUUCAAUGUCUGAACGGCGCGCGUGCUUGUGGAUUAUAUUGCGGAUCUGUAUUUAUUUGCGAUAAGAUAAAAUACGAACAAGAAGUGGACGUAUUCUUUGCUGUUAGAAGUAUUCGUGCCAAUCGACCUCAAUUCAUUGAAGACGUGGGUCAAUACAUUUACUGUCAUCAAGUUGCGUUAACAUAUCUAGAUUCUUUUGAAACUUAUGCAAAUUUUCAAUAAAGUGUAAAUAUAUUCCACGUAAUCUUGAAAAUUACAACUUUUCAUAUUUUAUUAAAUUUUUAUCUUAAAUUUGUUUUAUAAGUAUUGUUCC